GGUUAUUCCCUUAAAUGUAACAUUCCUUGGGAAGGACCAUGGAACCCCUCCAAAUUGUUAAAUCCUUGUAAUAUAAUUAAUGGGCUAUAUCCACAUGGCACUAAAUUAACGGAAGCAGGGAUAAAUGAAACCAAGUACUAUCCAACACCACGGGGGUUCAUGAGAACACACCCAGAAAAGAGUGUAUUUGGGAUAAAAUUGACUAUUAUCCCAGUAAGGUUAUUUGAAAAUGCUACAACAGACCCCUAUGGUAUCAUCCAAUUUAAGUGCAAUAAACUUUUCUGGAAGCCUAACACUGGUCAGAACAGUGUCCAGCAUACCACUAGCAUGUGGUGCCAGUCUAUAAUACAUACUAGAAAAGGGAUAUUGUCUUAUCUCUUAAUUAUAAGGGAUCUGCUGCACCAAGAACAAAGUACAGUAGCCUGGAAUUUAAAAUCUCCUGAAUAUUCCCAUGCUGCCAUGUGCAUUACACAUAACAUUAACUACAUGCAACCACAAAGAAAGCACAGGUCAGUCUGGACAGAUUGGGCACAACAAAAUGAAAACAGAGAAUAGGAGGAAACAGUAAAACCCGAAUUCAUGUCACUUUUAAAUUUGCCACUACACACGUAACCAUUACAAGAAAUAUCACACAAAAAAUGCAAAGUUUCGUAACAUCAGCUGAGCAAAAUGAAAACAUCAUUAAUUCUAACAUGGGGAAGAUCUAAGAUAGACUACAGUUCAUUACGUGUAUGCAAUUUCAUGAAUCCAGUACCUUUAAACAACUUAUUGUAGAGAACUUAAGAAAAAAUUUACAGAUGCUGGACAUGUGACUCAUGUAGAAUGUUAUAGUCAAGUAACCAUGAUAUUUGGUUAUGAGAAUCAGGGAAGUGUACAAUGGCUCUGUUCAGUGAACCCACUAACGGGCUGAACAGUACACACCCUCAUUCGAGGGAAACAUACAGGUACAUUACCCACCGUGUGGUGUACCAAACAUAAAUUGCAUGCAAUUAAACAACAAUCAAGUAAAACUAAAUGUUAAAUGUUCCAAAUUGGAAGCACGGAACAAAAGUCAUCUUGUGCAGUGUGCUAAUUGCAAAUGCAAAAUUUACACCAAAACUGUUCAGGUAAAUAUACCAAACUAUGAUCAUGCUUUUGGCCUAACUCCCCAAGAUGAAGCAACCCAAUAUUAUGAAAUAACGGAAAUGGGAUAUGAUCUCCCUCAACAUCAGCCCUGUAAGCACGAGGCUCAGUUCUGGAGAGGUACAGGGGAAAUAAUGAACAUAAAAUAUAAUAUCCCUCAACUCCAGCCCUCUGAGCCCAGGGCUCAGUUUUGGAAAGAUACAUUAGCUAGGAAAUGUGUAUGUAUAAUAGAGCCAAAAAUUAAUGAUCUGCACUCAAGUAUGGGAGUAGUACUUUGGUCUGAAACAGGUAUUCCAUGGAUCGCCGCAGAUCACUGGAGCACAACUGAGGAGAAUAACGUGUAUUCCCAACUCUCCAUGUGGGACGUUAACUUGCAGCAAUUAAAUCUGGCUCAUAUAUCGUUCAACUCGGAAACCGGGCAAUUACUAAUGUUGUCAAAGGACUAUGGAGAGCACAUUACUUACCUGAAAUUACUCAAUGCUAGCAAGGUCCUCAAUGUACCAUCUGCCUCAGUGUUAGAAGGACUAGCCACAACUGGAAACACAGUGGGGAAUGGUGUUAAAUAUACUAUACACAAAAUAGGAUCAAUAGGACAACAACUAUGGAACACCAUAAAGACUGUAUUUUCCGGAAAAUGGGUGAUAUAUGUUAUAAUAGGCAUCAUAGGAUUGUUUGGGUUAAUCAUUUUAGGAAAAUUAAUUUUGUGUAUGUUGUCAUGGGAUUACUGGAAUAAGUUUGCAAGGCUUAGAAAUGAAAUACAAUGGUAAUCAAACUGCCUAAUGGGCAUGGGGGGAUGUCAUACUGAAUGUAAUAGUUUGAAUUUUUGUAAUAAAUACCCAUUAGCCAGUUUAGAAAAAAGGCA